AUGAGAAUAGGUGAAGAAAUUCUAAAAUCUCCUCAAAAUGUAGAGGUCAGCAUCAUAGAUGACAACUUUAUGCUGAAGUGGAACUGGAGCGACAAGUUUGUCAGUAAUGUGACUUUUUCAGCAGAUUACCAAAUGUCUGAAUUGGAUAAUUGGUUAAAAUUGCCUGAGUGUCAGUAUAUUACUGAUACCAAAUGCAACUUUUCUGCAGUCCACCUAGAUAUUUUUGAAGAUGUUAAGUUACGUAUAAGAGCAGAAAAAGGAAAUAAAACUUCUCCCUGGUAUGAAGUUGAUUCAUUUAUCCCAUUUCAAAUAGCUCAGAUUGGUCCUCCAAAAGUAGAUUUAGAAGCUGAAGACAAGGCAAUAAAAAUCAACAUCUCUCCUCCUGGAACAGAAGACAGUCUCAUGUGGGAUCAGGAAAGAACAAGCUUUACGUAUAGCUUAGUUAUCUGGAAAAACUCUUCCAGUUUAGACGAAAGAACUGAAGAUGUUUAUCCCAGAGGAAAAAUAUAUAAACUUUUACCAGAGACUACAUAUUGCUUAAAAGUUAGGGCAAGCCUACGCUUGCAGAGAAAAGUUGGUAUCUAUAGUCCAGUGUAUUGUAUAAAUACCACAGUUGAAAAUAAACUACCUCCACCGGAAAAUAUUGAAGUAGAAGCCAAAAAUCAGAUCUAUGUUCUUAAAUGGAAUUACAUGUAUGAAAAUGUCACCUUUCAAGCCCAGUGGGUUUUUGGUUAUUUAAAAAAGAUUCCUGGGGAUCAUUCAGAUCAAUGGAAACAAAUUCAUGGCUGUGAAAAUGUUACAACUACCCAGUGUGUCUUUCCACAAAAUCUUUUCCGAAAAGGAAUAUACUUUCUGCGUGUACAAGCAUCUAAUGGAACUAACACGUCUCUUUGGUCUGAAGAGAAAAAGUUGAAUACUGAAAUGCAAAAAACUGUACUUCCUCCAGUCAUUAGUAUGAAAGCCAUUAAUAAUUCACUAUAUGUCUACAUUGGUACUCCAAAAGAGACUGAGAGCAAGUCGGUGAACCAUUAUUAUCCAGUAACUUAUGAAAUUAAGUUUUGGAAAAACACAUCAAAUGCCGAGGUUAAAAUCCUACAGAAGAAAACUGAUUUUCUUAUUCCCGACUUGGAACCACUGACUAUAUAUUGUAUCAAAGCUAGAACACUCAUCAAGAAUGAACAAUUGAAUGAAAGCAGUAAUUUUAGUGAUACUGUGUGUGAGAAAACAAAACCAGGAAAUACAGCCAUGAUCUGGAUUAUAGUGGCAAUUUGCACAACAUUAUUUCUUACUGCAGUUUUAAUAUAUGUUGUAAAAGCCUUCUGGAAACCUGUUGUUUAUGUGUUCUUUCCGCCAUGUAAACUUCCUCCAAAUAUAGAAGAGUAUUGCUUGGAGCAGCCACUAAAGAAUCUACUCCUUUCUACCUCUGAAGAACAAAUUGAAAGAUGUGUCAUAGUUGAAAAUAUGAACACUCUUAAUACAGUAGAAGAAACUCAUCAAAUUGACAGUGAUCACAAAAAAUAUAAUUCCCAAACCAGUCAGGAUUCGGGAAAUUACUCUAUUGAAGAUGAGAACAGUGACAGUAAAACAAGUGAAGAACUUCUACAGCAGGAAAUCAUGUGA